UCAGUCAUUAACCACUGAGAGGGAGUAGUGCUGCUCAAUAAAGCAGAUGGCCAGAUCAACACGGAAGGCAAAAACACAACAUAACCCCAUCGUUAUUCUCCUCAACUCCUCGUUUAAAAGUAGUGGUGUGGUGGCGACAGGUGAGCGUCGACAGGUGAGCGAGAGGUGAGCGACAGACGAGCUACAGGUGAAGAUGGUCCUGCCGAUCAACUGUAGCUGGGUCAGCCCGGAGGUUCCACUAUCUUCAGAGUUUUUCCGCGUGAUCAGGAAUGAGCUGUGGCUGUUCCUCAUCCCUGCCGUUCUGGCGGCCAUUUUGCUGGCCUUGUUUCUGGAGGAGGUGGGCUUCUUCCUACGCCACGUCAAGUCGUCACGGCGACAGCAGCUCUACCUGUGGAUACUCGGACUCUAUCCCGUGAUCGCGCUGGCGUCCCUCAUAGCCCUGUACAUUCCUCGCUCAUCCUCCCUCUGCAUCUUCAUCUCCUCCCUGUACCACUCCAUCACGCUGCUGAAGUUCAUGGGUCUCAUCACGGACUUCUUCGGGGGCAAGGCCCGUAUGCUGGAGGUCCUGUCUGGGGAGAAGCUGUCUCCUGACCCCUUCCCCUGUUGCUGCUGCUGUUGCCUUCCCCUGGUGGCCAUCACCAGGAGCAGCCUGAACUGGAUGCUGGCGGCGGGGCUUCAGCUGUCGGUGGUGAGGAGCAUCCUGUUCUUCGUCACGCUGGUGCUCUGGACCGACGAGCAGUACGACUACGCAGACGUGGACUCCAUCAACCCAAACCUCAUCGUGAACGCCAUCAUCGGCGUGUCCACCUUCCUCUCCUUCUACGGCCACCUGCUGUUCUACAACGCCACCAGGGGGGCGCUGCGGGGCCACGACAUCGGGGCCAAGUUCGUGUGCAUCAUCGCCGUGCUGGUGCUGUGCGGCCUGCAGGGGGGCAUCCUGGAGACCCUGGUGUCCCUGAAGGUGGUGCCCGGGACCCCGCCCUUCUCCGUGCAGACCCGCUCCCAGCUGAUCUACCACUACGCGGUGAUCGUGGAGAUGUUCUGCAUCGGCCUCUACGCUCGCCACACCUUCCGCCGGCUGGAGCCCAGCGUGGUGGAGGUGGGGGUGGUGGUGGUGGUGGAGGAGGAGGAAGGGGUGGACCCGCACACCAGGGCACUCGAGGCAAGGGACAAGGCGGUUCAGACGGAGGACCCCCCCGUCCCGGCACCUGGCCGGUCGUGGUCCCGAGCGGAGGCGGUCUUGGGAGGAGGCGGGCUCAAUAACCUGGGCUAUCGGAGCGACAGCGAGGAGGACCUGUGCACCAUCGAGCACGCGCCGCUCGACUGCUUCCCCUUCCCCCUGCGCGGCCCGGCCCCCCCCCACAAAGAGGCCGGGCCCCCAGGGACCAACGUUCUGAAUCUGACGAGCGUUUCGGUCGCAGCUCAGAUUAACCACGAUGCACCGAACGAUGUGACUGUUGUUUAGAAAAACUACAAUCUAACAAUGGUUGGAACGUCGGAUGUUUGGAACUAUCAUUUGACGUUUAGAAAUGCGAUCUGAUGUUUAGAACUACAAUCUGAUGUUAAGAACUACCAUUUGAUAUUUAUAACUACACUUUGAUGUUUUGAACUACCAUUUGACAUUUAUAAUUACACUUUGAUGUUUAGAACCUCACUUUGACGUUUAGAACUAUCAUUGGACGUUUAUAACUACACUUUGAUGAUUAGAACUACAAUUUGAUGUUUGGAACUGUAAUCUUCCUUUUUUGGGACUACAUUCUGACUACAAUAUCUAAUGGUUGCACAGCCUGCCUUCAACAUCAUGUGAAUUGGUGUAAUUUCAACAAACUUCCAACAGAGAAGAACGCAGAGUUCUCUCAUGCUUACUGACGAUGGUUACACCUGUUUCAGCUCCAUGAAGUCAAAUGUCCGAGGAUUCAUUUGAUCAAAUGUAUCUGCUCAAUGUAGAUGUUUGCUCUGUGCAAGCUACAAUACUACAUUUAUUUCAAAUGUUUUUUUCUUUUGAAUGUUAUAGACAUGUGCUCUAUAAUAUUCCAGCCCCCACUUCAAACCACAUGGUUAUUUAAUUACCCCUUAGGAAAAAAGACUAUAGUUCUCCUCAAACCUAAGCCAUUUAAAAAUAUUAACGUUCAUGGCUUUAUUGAGCCUUGGGUGAGUUUUCCUCAUCAUUUAGAGGAUUUUAAAUUAAGUGAUGGUUGUAAUGAUUUGAAAUUGUUGCAUGGGGUACUUUCCAUUGUAGAUUUUUCAAUGUUCUUAAAACAAUUGAAAGUA